AAUACCAACCAUUUUUACUUUCAUACCAUUCAACAUGAUGGAGGCUUCUAAAGAUGCCGCAAGCAGCAAUAGCUUGCUUCAACGCUGCAACGAUCUACAAAAUCUAUGCGAGACAGUGAGAACGGAACGAAAUUACUCCAAACGAAGCUUUGAUCUUGUCAGCUCGUCAGAUGCACUCAUCCCAUUAACAAAACGAGCACGAUCCGAAGCCACAGAAAUACUAACUACUACUAUCACUGCCACAACUUCGUCAUCCUCAGAAGAAGAAUCAGCGUUGCCAGUAGCCAUGAGGCCAUCAUUGGACCGUGAAGCUUUUUACAAACGACUUGAAACUUUUUCAGCACCCUUUGUUUCAAAAAGACGACCUGUGAAUGCUGUUCAGUGUGCCAUGCAUGGCUUUGUUGAUACACACGUUGUGGGUGGUCCAAAGCAAAAUAUUUGUAAACUCUUGUGCCCAUCCUGCCAGUGUACAAACUUUGUUAUUGACAUUAGCUGUUUCAAAACAAGCGUACCCAAAGGUAACUUAUACAAACUCUUUAUGCAGUGCAUUCUGUAUAUCUGAUCGCAAUGGCUUACUUAUCCCAUAUUCUUUUUCUUCUUGUAGUCCAAGAAAUUAUGCAAACUU